AUGAUUCUUGUCACCCGAUUGUUCGGGUGCCCCGACAAUCGGGUGACCAAACUGCAGUUUGGUGGGCUGGGGAUUGGCAAGGCCAAGAACUGCCCUGGCUGGCGGUUGGACCAACUGGGGCUUGACAACCAGCAGGUGCGCGACCAUCAAUUGACCGACCGGCGGCUGACCGGACACAGAAUUCAAAACAAGAGACCAGCUCUUAUUCUGACUUCAUAUGUUGUUUGCGUAUUUAGUUAUCUUGUGAUAUUGGACACCGAAGGCCUAAAUUCACCCGAAGACGCGGACCUGGCAGACGGAUCGAAGCGAAAGGACAACGAAAUGGCAACUUUUGACAUUGGAAUCGCACAGAAAACUAUAUGCAAUGUUCGCGGCGAAGAUUUGGCGGAUUUGCAAAGCGUCCUCGGAAUGGCUGCCCAUGCUUUUAUUCGAAUGAAUAAGAUUAAACUCAGUCCGAGCCUUUGCAUCGCUCUUGAAGAAGCCCAUCAAAAUCUCAUGACUCAGCUCGACAAAUCCGUGAUUGUUUCCUGCUCGGAAGAUGGCAAAGGGAGCAAAGAAGAAAAGCGAUUCGAUGAUGUGGUCAAGUUUGACAUGAACAGCGACAUCUACAGCUUCCCUCCUUUGUAUACGUCCACGACCAACGGAGUCAUGUUCAACAUCAGCUUGCGAUACGGUCAAGCAGCUGCGAAACUCAAGUCCGAUGUGGUCAAGGACAUUGCAAAACGGCCCUGGGGCUUCGCGGAGUUCAUUCAGCACAUUGAGCAGCUGUGGAAAUUCAUCCUGCAAGAAUCCCACAGCUUCAAUUUUCACAACGUGUUUCAGUUGGCUGUUUACAAUGCAAUGGACAGAAUCCUGGGAGACAUCAAAUUGACGAUGGACGAGGAAUUCGCAAAGGUUGUUCAGGAUUGCAAAAUGUUGUUGCAUUCGUCGAGCGACUUUCUGAAGGAAAAUGUUUCGAUUGCCGGAAAAUCAGUGGACGAAAAGUUCGAAGAACUGAUGGCGAGCGUAACGCUCGACCGCUUGACAAAACUGAUUGACGAGAGCCACGUUUCUUUCAAUUGGGAAUCCGAGCCUUGGCCCGAACGUCUGCAAUGCGAUCUUCGGCUUCAUCUCCAAGAAAGAAAACUUAGUGCCCAAGCUGCGAUCCGAGCCACUGAGCUGGAAAUCGAGUCCAACGCGGAACGAGACCGGAAUAUCGGGAAACUCCUCAACAACUUCAAUCGCACUCUGGAAAGCAAAGGUCUGCUGAAACCGAAGAACAAUGCCAGAGCCCUGACAAUAACCGACACGCAAGCCUUGCGCACGGAAUUUGACCUAUUCUGGGAGCGGGAGAUUCUGCCAAAGGCCACGUUUUUGCCGCCAGAGCCCACCAGAGACGGCAUUUGGCAAAACAUGAUGGAAGCCUUGGAAGACAAUUGCUUGUCUGGAGUGAUUCAGCGCAAGAUUGCGGGUUGGAUCCUGGAAGUUUUGCGGCAGCACAGACUCGCUGACGCUGGGAAGGUGGAUGGGAAAGCAGUGUUGAACUACCUGAUGAGCGACUUCAAAAAGGUCGUGGAAAAUGAUUCUUCGGAUGAAGACGGAGAAACGCAACAAACGGUGGUCGCCCCAGUGCGUCCAGUCGAAGUGCCCCGGACUGCCGAGCUGGUCGCAGACUGGAUCAGCAACAAAGACUUGAAAAUGCCGAUCCGAAAGAUCGUGAAAUUUGUGGCGGAAUCGAAGCAGGCGGAAGCCAAAACUUCUCAGAUUCCGGAACUGAUCCUGAGCACGUGUUACGCAGUUUCCGGGGAGUUUUUUAAUGCCGCACAGCGAGACCGCGACCAGCAGCUGCGGCGCAUUGAAGAAACCCACGAGUCCCAGUGGUUGAAAUUCCUGGGUAUCAUCACGGCCUAUCAGGAAGACCAAACCAAUGCACAAGUUUUUCUUGUUGCCUUGGGGAAGGCUCUGAAAUAUGAAGUCGGUCGGUACGCGAGCCACCUGCUGGUGCAGCGCCUGAGGGCAUCGCCGGAAAUGCAGAACAAGCAUUCGUUGCACCGCAAGCUUUUGCAGUACCUGGCAGAGACGGAUUUCGUGUUGAAAUCCGUCUUGAAUUUCAUCAAUAACCCGCACGCUUUGCGAACGGAAUUCCUGGGCGUAGUUGUCAAACGAGAAAUAAACGCCAAUGACGGCUCCGUCAAGAAGUUUUGCGUGGAUUAUCUGGAGAAGAAGAAGCAAGACGUUUCUCGUUGGGUCAUCGACGUACUGCGGACUGCCGCAGAAAAUGAAGGUUUGCCGGAAAACGGAAAAUUCACUCUGCUGGAGGCUGUGCGAUUGUUCAACAGUUGCCAAAUCCUGGGCACGCACAUGAACGGCGCCGUUGGGUUCGAUCUGACUGAAGUCAAGUCGAUCGAGGAUUUUGCGGGGAAAGUCGGCAAGGGCCUGGAUGAUUUGGUCAACGACGUCAUGACUGAGAUGCAGUCGUCUGACGGAUUGUUGGGCUGGUGGCGACUGGAUGACGACCCCGUGGCCCAAUUGUCGGAACGCUUGCAUGGUUGCAAAGAGAAGUGUCCCAUUUGUGGGGUGGAAAAGUUUUCUGUGGACUGGCAAAAAACUUCUGUGGACCUGCGCCAGCAGUCCGCAUACCACAGGCUGGGGAACACUGCUCUAUGUAGCAUGGGUAGGGUGUGGGUGAAAUUUGCCGCAGUUGAACUUGCCGCACUUCAACUUGCCACUGUUGCAACUGACCACAGCCUGAAUCAAUGCAAUGGCAAGUGGCUGCAAUUCAUGCUGCAAGUUGUGAUAGCAGCAGGGAACCCGAACCACUUGCGGAUGGGACACAAGCACAUGUCCUCCUCGCACCCUCCCAUCUACGUGAGUGCCCCGAUCCUCAAGCGACGCAUUGGAAGGAUGACGUGUCAGGAAUGCGUCGCCAUGUCUGCGAAGGUCUACGAGGCUACAAAAAGCACGUGGAUGAAGUAUGGCUCUGACGAGGCCAACCGAGACAACUGGACCAUGACCAACAACUCGACCACAGUGCCGGCUGGAGUGGACAAGUUUUGGCGCUACUUCCAGCGGUUGUCCGACUGCCUUAACUGCGGCGUCUUAUUAUUCCAGGCAAACGCGCCUGGAGCAGCAAAAUUUUUGGCUGCUCCGGGCCUGAGAUAA